GCACGCAGUAUCCGGCCAGCCGCGGUGGCGCCCGGUCCCCCGCGACGCUCGCGACGCCAGCUCUGCCCGCCCGCUGCACUCCAGUGCACAACUGUACCGCGUCGCCGCGAGCGAGCGUAGGCGCGCCGCCUCACUACCCCAGUCAGUUGGACGGCCGCAGCCGGCCGUGUCAGUGACCCCUCCCCCUCCCCAUCAGCCGCCUCACCGGCCCGGAUUAAGGCCGGCGUCCACACUGCGAAUAGAAAUACAAGAAACUCGGCCCGUUAACUGCCCUAUUCAUACAUAAACUGCAUAGGGACGCCCCAUGCGGUCGACCAUCUGUCUGUGAAACGACUUCGGAGUGAAAGGCUCAGUGGUUUGUGCGUCCGCAGUCCCGUGCUGCCAUCGUCGGUAACGACCAUCAACCAGGGUCACAGGCAGAUUGCUCAUCGUCGCCGCAUCGGAGAGCAAUCUGGACUCCAGAAGAGGGCGACUGCAGAGGAGCUCGCGUACGCUAAGGCGCUGCGCAACGCGGUGUGCCGUGCCCCUCUCGCCCGACAUUUUGAAAGAGGCCUGUGGCUCCCAUUGAGCUCACCGGGCCAAGUAGAAGAAGCCCCCCUCCACGCGCAGGAGCCCGCGAACUUUUGUGACUGUCGGUCCCGCGCCCUGGGCCUUCGCCACCUUUUGGAGUACGUGACGGGAGGAGUGGUCCGCGGAGGAUGGAAGACCGAGAUUACUGACCGUGCCCUGAUAGCAUAGGCUUCAAGGAUCCAGAGGGUUGGUUUCCUCACUGGCAUGCUUCUCACCCGAAGACGAUUAGCACUCUCAUGGAGGGCGUCACAACGCGCGUGGCACUUCGGCCGCAGAACGUCCUGAAGGCCUGGACCCAGGAAGAUGCGCGACCACCAGGACCCCGUCAGCAGCGGGCCUACCCACAGCGGCCGGUCAGCCUGUACGACAACUUGAAGCAGCAGAACCACGGCGCAAACGGCAAUGGUUGCAGCACCGGGACAACGAGCAGCGGUUGUGAGGACGGCGUCCCCCUCGUACGUGGUGGUGCGUCGUCAGUGGGAAACCUCCAUGCCGUCACACAGCAUGCCCAGCUGACGGAGCGCGCGCGCACGCCGUCGCAAGCCAACUGCCUCAGCACGACGGUGCCGCAGAACAUUGCACCGCACGGGUUCGCGUCCCGCCACGCGCCCACACGCUCCUCGCUCCGGCACUCGCGGAUGAUUGUCCUGACCCGCGACGGCCGAGUUCCUCGCAAGUACCAGCCGGGCGUGCUGCACAGCCGCAGACUGGGCACCGCGCUGGCUGCCCUGGUGAGCCUCCUGGGUGCGCUCGUGACAGCCGUGGCCGUCUGGCUGCUGCUCUGGGCGCCGCACCUGCCGUCCAGGGACGUGCCCGUCUACAGCGGCCCACCCCUACUUUUCGCUGGUCUUGUGGGUCUCGUCCUGCUGGGAUGCUGCAGAAAGGACUAUCCGGGUCGGCCGUUCUCCUGCUGUUUGUUUAGCUUAAAGGUUGUAAGUGUCGCUGUUGCGGGCCUGUCUGCACUGGCCGCUCUGUGCGCGUCCGCCUUCGCGAUGCUCCACGUCGUGUCGCUGUGGGGCUCCGCCUGCCAGCCGGCAAAGCAAGUCGCCAACGCCACCUGCACUUGCGAGCCCGCGUACAAGGACCCGGAUCGCUCGUGGGCCAUCUGGGCUGGGACCUCGCGGCACGUAUACCCCGACCUCAGCUGCCCCGAGGUCGAGUCACUGCUGAGCGUGCUGCUCACGGGCUCGGGAGCGGCCAACCUAGUUGGCGGAUUACUGGCUGGCUGGUACGUGUUGCUGCACUGGCGCAGCCGGUACACGGACGUCUACGCCAAGGUGCGCACAGCACCGCCACCCGUCGUCAUCAGCAACGUCAGCAAGGCUUAAAGGAAGAGCAGCAGGCAACGUAUGGUGCAGCCCGAAGAAUCAAGAUGUUUGUCACUCCUUUUAAUGCAAAAGUACCAAGGACGGAAGAAGACAAUUUUUGCAAAAUUAUCAACGUUCUCGGUCACUAUGAGACAAAGACGCAUCUUUGGAUUUGUGUAAUAGGCCUACCUACACUUUAUUUUAAGGUGUAUUACUUUUCUGUGCUAGUGUACUUACGAAAAGAAACGAACCCAUUUCCGUGCGGUAAUGGGUUCGUGUGGUGUGCUACCUGCGAUGUAUCGCUUCUCGGAGAUUGAUAACGUUUUGUACUUUCUAGCAACUCCAAUACUUAAUGCGAAAUUAUACGAUGGUUGCGGAUGUGUUUCAAAACGGUGUGGUACAUACACUGUGUGUGAAAUGCUUCCAAACUAUCCUUUCUGCAACAUUGCAAAGCAUUUCUUUGUGUUAGAAUCCCUGGCAAACUAGUUUAAGUUUGUAUUGUAAAGAAAUAGUUUGCAGGCUAGGGAAGAUCGAGUCUAGCCCUUGCAAGCAUUUUGUAGUGUAUUGCGCAGGUUUGUGACAACUUAAAGUAUCGCGCCAAUAUGAGAUCGUCUUUUUCAAAAAAUGCUUGUAGUUAUUUUAUCGCGCUCUUUGCAAUGGUCAUUUACAGAAUCAGUCAACACUUUUUGUUUUACCAAAAAAAAUGCCGACAGUAUACAGAAAUGUGGGAAAAGUACCAUCCUGAAUUACUGUGUUGUUGCCUUUUAUGUCCAUACCCUAGUAGCACAAAACUGUGGCACAUUGUGAGAUUUUUUCAAUUAAGCGAUUAAUGUGCAGAUAAUAAAGAGUCAUCGGCGCUGUCCACAACAACUGGACAACAAGUGACCCAGUUUCGAAAUUUCUAAUUUAUUCUGAAAGUGGAAAAUGUUCGUGUUUGCAAACUUCCGUCCUCGAAGGGUCUUGUGUGGUGCUACCGAGGGGUGGAUAACUCUCCUGCCAAGUGUACACCACUAAUUCUGCCAAUUCAGACCAAUUCAAUUUAAUUCAAAUGAAUUUAAAACUAAUUCAACUAAUUCAAGACAAUGUACAUUCAAUUUAAGUCAAUUCAAGCCAAUUCACGCUAAUUCAGUAACAUAAAAUCGCAACAAUUCAAACCAAUUCAAAACCAAUUCAACCAAUUCAGUCCCAUUCAAAUUCAAUUCAAGCCAAUUCAAGCUAAGUCAAAAUAAUUUUUGAAAUUUGUUCACCUAAUUUAGGGGUUAUCCACCCCUCGGGUGCUACCCACUGGCAAAAUUUGAUUGCGCUGCACGCGCUCAGUCCGGCGCACGGGUAGAAAUACUAAUUUGGAGGGGGGUCGGGGCUAGAGCUUUAAUCCGCCCCAAAAUACCUAAGAUAUUCCUUCGACGUCACGCGCGUAGGACCUGAAGGAGCGUUGAUUAGGAUAGAAAAAUCGAAAUUUCCAAAGGGGUCACUCUUUACUUGUCGAGUUGGCGUGGACAGCGCCAGAAGCGAGGGGUGGACGACUGGGCGGCUCCUGUGUACAGGCCAAAAUGUACUCCAGGUGUUCUCCGAUUGUACUCCGUGUACUCCAGCUGUUUUUGUCGCAAGUUCUCCGCGUACUCCGACUGUACUCCGGGUGUACUCCAGGUGUACUCUGCGCGCUCCGACCGGCAAAACGCAGUGUUCUCCGACUGUACUCCUUGUACUCCGUACUCCUGUGUACACGAAAAAUUCAAGUCGCCCACCCCUCGGCCAGAAGCCAAAUAAGAAAUUGCAUUACCUCGAGUUGAGCUGUUCGACAAUGAAUGAGGUUCGAGGGGGAAACGACUUAGGUAAUCCGGCUGACAGCCGAAAGGUAAUCCGGCAGGGGUUAUCCGAGGAAAUUCUAAAAAAUCCGUGGUAAUCCGGGAAAAUUUUUGGGGUAAUCCGGGGUAAUCCUAGAGAAAAAGCAACGUAAUCCGGAGAACACUCCGGAGGUAAUCCGGGUAAUCCGUAAUCCAGCUGACACAAAGUUUAACAGUCGUUUCCCCCUCGAUGAGGUUCCUCUGGAACUUUAUUGGUGAUGCCCUGACAGUUACUUUCGAUACUUCUUUAGGAGCAGAUGUAGGAGCAACCCAUUUGGAAGUGAGAUUAGAUUUGGAAGGGCCUUGAGGUUGUUCCUGGAAAUUUUAGAACAGAAAUUUGACACAUUCUGUAUUGAAACCAAACAGAAAGAAAACCACAUUUAAAUCUUAAAUAAUGUAAUUGGCUGAGCGAUUAGCGAAGCCUAUUACUCCACUGACCGGAUAAGUUUCAUUCUGUUUGUUUAUCUGUUUGGUUGCCUGUCCGCGCGAUAACUCUAGAAAGAAUUGAGAGAACGAUCUGGGAAUUUCAGGGCCGUUUUGUAUCAUAAAAAGACAGAUUAAGUUCGAAGAUGAGCAUUUUAGCUCAAAAAAUUGACUUUAAAAAAAUCAAAAACCACAAGUCGCACAAUAAUUCUGUUUUCUUUUUUUUUUGUAUGGGGUUUCAUAGGAAAAUUAAUUUACGAAAGAAGAAACUUUUCAGCGAAAAUUUUGUCCGUUUUGCCCAUUCUUGUACCGUUUUGGUGCCAUGGGACAUUUCUUGGCGAAUAAAACGUGAAAAAGACAAAAUGGUCUAUUAAAUCGUUAAAAAGGCUUGGUGUCACAGAAUUGGUAAAGGAGUAAUACUUAAACCACACAUUAGGAGUCGAACCACACCCUCUUUUGGGCUUAAGGGUCCCUAGAUUAUCUAGUAUAACUAAAACGUUGAUUUUUACAUAACAAUCUGUCAAAAUUCGAACUUUUAAUAGAAAUUUUUAUCGAACAGCAAAAGUUUCAUGUCCGUAAUUUUGGAGUAACAUGUCCCCGACAAAUGCUGUCAGUAUGUCAAAUUUUGGUGCAGGAAACGCUAUAUAAAGUAUAGCCUCUCAUUAACUCGUCUCGGGUGUCAGCGCCACAGGCCUAGCUAUAUGUGCGCCAGGCGCGUCGCAGCGCAACAGUGUUUCGUGAGAUACCGCGAAGCCUGCUACGCGAGUCGUGGGCUGGGGUACAUAUAGCUAGUUAUUUGACAGUAAAAACAAAUAGUAUACCUGUUCCUUUGGAUCGCACGGCAAAAAAUUCAUUCGCUGUGACAGCGAAUAAAUUCGCUAUCAGCGGUAACAACGAACGCCUUUCCCUUACCAUAGCUGUAGCAAGUUGCAGGAUGCAGACAACUUGACAAGUUCUAAUUAGAUAAUUAGUUUGCCAGGAACAGUAAAGAAAUUUGUAUAUGUCAAACAAUUAUUUUUGCUAUCAUGUAAUUAGGCCUGUAGCAGAAUUGGAUGAUUCAGUCAGCUGUUGCAGCUACACAUUUUGUUGCUGCACACUUCCCUGUGUGUGUAUUAAGGUAAGGUUUUAGAGAGGAGGGUGUAUUUUUUUGUUACUAAAUAAACAUACCAAUGUAGAGAAAACUUA